AUGGUGAACAUCACAGACAAGAUCAAGGAGAUCGAAGAUGAGAUGCGCAGGACGCAGAAGAACAAGGCCACAGAGUAUCAUCUUGGUCUACUGAAAGGAAAACUCGCCAGAUUACGAGCGCAGCUGCUAGAACCGACAGGCGGCUCAGGUGGUGGCGGUGCAGGCUUCGAUGUCAGCAAGAGUGGCGAUGCCCGGGUUGCUCUGGUUGGAUUCCCGUCGGUAGGUAAAUCGACGUUUCUGAGCAAAAUCACCAAGACGAAAAGCGAGGCCGCCGCGUACUCUUUCACCACGCUUACAGCCAUCCCGGGUGUGUUGGAAUACGGGGGAGCUGAGAUCCAGAUUCUUGAUCUUCCGGGUAUCAUUGAAGGUGCUGCGGAGGGGAAGGGAAGAGGACGGCAAGUGAUUUCAGCGGCGAAGACGAGUGAUUUGGUUUUGAUGGUUCUUGAUGCCACCAAGCGAGCUGAACAACGGGCGCUGCUGGAGGCGGAGUUGGAUGCCGUUGGGAUCAGACUUAAUAAGGACCCCCCGAACAUCUAUCUGAAAGCCAAGAAGGCAGGCGGAAUGAAGAUUACGUUCCAAACACCACCCAAAUAUCUCGACGAGAAGAUGAUAUACAAUGUGCUUCGGGACUACAAAAUACUCAACUGUGAAGUUCUGGUUCGAGACGAAUAUGCCACGGUCGACGACUUCAUCGACGUGAUCAUGAAAGACCAUAGAAAAUACAUUCGAUGCCUCUACGUAUACAACAAAAUCGAUAGCGUCAGCCUCGACUUCCUGGACAAGCUCGCGCGUGAGCCGCACACCGCCGUAAUGAGCUGUGAACUAGACCUCGGCAUCCAAGAAGUAGUAGAUCGGAUUUGGAAGGAACUUCGUUUGAUCAGAAUAUAUACGAAGCGGAAAGGCGAGGAGCCGGAUUUCUCCGAAGCUCUGAUUGUGCGGUCCCUGUCUACCAUUGAAGACGUUUGCGAUCAGAUCCAUCGGACGCUGAAAGAGACAUUCAAGUAUGCAAUGGUGUGGGGAGCUAGUGCGAGACAUAUCCCCCAACGUGUUGGACUAUCGCACGUGGUGGCCGAUGAAGAUGUAGUUUCGAUUAUUGCAAAAUAA